AUGCCGACUCAUUUACACUCUUCAGCGUAUCAUCACUAUCCUCAUCAUCCAACCACGAUCUCACCCAAAGAUGCGGAUAUCGAUAAGGCCAUCUAUCAACUGCUGUCGGUGUAUUUAACCGACCAUCACUCACGCGCGGAUGUUUACAAACUGAAAAACAAAAGCCGCCCUCCUACCUCGUACCGUCCACAACUACAUUCAGCGGAUACACAGACUUCAAAGAAACCUAAAGGGAAAAAGUACAGCUCAUCAGGAGCACACAGGCACUGGCUAGGUGAAGAAACCCAUCCAACAAAAAGAUCGCCUCGCACCGCGGUGAAACAACAUACAAACACGUUAUAUCACAACACCUCUGUAAAUAGCCUUAUCGCACCACUACCAACCGAUGACGCGGCAGCCACCGUGAAAUGGCGAGAUGCCAACGAGAAGACGGUGUCGUUUGCCAAUAUCAUUACUGUCAUCACCCAUUUAAAUGAAGUCAGGAGAGAGAACUGGAAAGAUCAAGGACAAUGA